AUGUCCACUCUCUUCACCACGCUGCCAGCUUUCAAGCCGAAGAAGGUUCAGGAGGGCACCAAGCAGUGGCAGCUGAAACAGUAUGCUCAGCAGACGCUUGGCUCUGGCAACUUGCGCACCGCCGUCCAGCUUCCGGACGGAGAGGACCUGCAGGAGUGGAUCGCUGUUCAUGUUGUUGACUUCUUCAACCACGUCAACAUGCUCUACGGCACCAUCAGCGAGUUUUGCACCCCGACCGAGUGUCACAUCAUGAACGCUGGUCCCAAGUACGAGUUCUACUGGGAGGAUGGAGAUGUCUACCGCAAGCCCACCCCGCUUUCCGCCCCCGCCUAUGUCGAAGCUCUCAUGACCUGGACGCAGUCACUGCUCGAUGACGAGAAGAUCUUCCCGCAGCGCAUCGGCGUCAAGUUCCCGUCAAACUUCAUGACCACCGCCAAGACCAUUCUCCGUCGUCUGUUCCGUGUUUAUGCUCACAUCUACCACUCACAUUUCGACCAGAUCUGCGGCCUUGGCAUCGAGGCGCACCUCAACACCAACUACCGUCACUUCUUCCUCUUUGUGGACGAGUUCUCCCUUCUCAGCGAGCGUGACCUCAUGCCCAUGGAGGAGCUGAACAAGACGAUCCUGGCGGACACGCUCCCAAAGUAG